CCGAGAAUGUCGAGUCUUCUCUCUGUACUGACUCUCGUGGGCUUUUUGGGACGUAUUGUUGGGACCGACGGUUACCUGGUAUAUCCGGAGAACACAGUGCUUCAGCAUGUCAUUGGAAUCUCCCUACCGGUAUUUACGACGAAACGCGGAGGCGUGGCAUCUUCCAUAGGAUUUCAGCUGAAUUUCGUAUUACCAUAUAAUGUUACGCAAUUCGAGCCGGUCGUUAUACCAGCCAGACAAGCACGAGAUUUAACAUUGGAGGAUACGUAUAAGUCAAUCGAAACUAUGCUAGAUGAACAUGGCUGGCACGGGCGCGAAUGUCUACUGAGAACGAUCUGUGAAUUAGCCGAGUUGCCACUGGAGAGAAAUAGACAGGAUCUGUUUGAGGAAAUCAUUUAUUUGCUUCUGACGCCUUCUGAGGAUCUACCGGAGGCGGUUAAUUCGAAUCACCGGGCCGUCAAUAAAUUAUAUCAGGAAGCUGAACGAUUGGGGAUGAACCCUAACCUCGGCCGAUCUUCCUGGCUUUCUCCUUGAUAUACGUUACGACUCAAUAUCUCUAUCUAUAUACACUGCUGAGUGUAUAUAUAUAUAUAUAUUUAACAGACAGCACAGUACACAUGCUACAGUAUAUAUUUAGUUGAAAGACAUCAUGCCUAUGGGUUAAGUGAUCGUAACGCCGCGGAAGGAAAUAUUCCAAGAUGGUGAACAUUUCAAGAUGAUGUGUUUGGGACAGCUUAACAACCAUAUUUACCUCUUGUUUCCUACCGAAUAUAACUAAUAUCUGGAAUAGUUAUGUGCUUUAGGAAAGUUCGUGGAAAUCCUUCCUAAGUGUAGUGUUUCCAGUGAUAAAGGACACUUGUAUAUGUAGCCUAAUUCGAAAAUCUUUACGUAUAUAUAUUUACUUACUUUAUGUGUAUAUAUACUUCAUAAUUAUCGUUUUCAUUAAUAUUAUUUGAAAGAAAUUAAACAACGCUAGUUAUGAAAUUUAAAUAGAUGAGAAGGUGUCAAUGUUAAAAUAAAAUUAAAAAAUUCGUUUUCAUAUAAAAAUGAAAAAAAUAGUUCUGCUAACUUUCCGCGAUAUCCAUUUAUCGUCGUGUGAUCGUCCAUUACAUUAUUCCGUUACGUCGUCCAGCAAUUUUCGAAAGCGGUAUUUCAGGUAUAAUUCAAUAUUUUAUUAACGGCCGGCGCGUGCAAGCGUAUACAUCCAACAAGCGUAUCCAUGUUAAAUCAAUCUGAAUAAAUCGAGUCGGUACGUGCAUAUUGCUUCACAAAAUCAAAACACCAAUACUAAUAGCUUAACGAUAAUGGAAGAUCACGAAAUGUAUAUAUAUAUACACAUACAAACAACGUUAUAAAUCACUAUGCAUCGAUUAAAUAUUUCGUAAGUUAUUAUUGAACGUCAUACUUUCAUACAAAAGCAGGAAAAUCAUAAAUAUAAACGUGCGUCAGGAUCAUAGGUAAAGCGAUAAUUAUUCUGUCAAUUAGUAUUAUCGCUCGAUUAAUCAACAUUUAAAAGUAACUUGAUGCGAAAGCUCAAUACGAUAACAAUAAUUAUUAAAUUCGGCCGUAUUUCAGUUAUAACACAGACGAUUAUGUAAUAGAGUGACAUAUGGCGACAGUGGCGCUGAUCAAAGACCGCGACUAUGAAAACGUCAGUGAACGAACGUAAAGCGAAGAGGGUAGGAAACUGGUAGGUGGAUAAAUUCGAGAACGAACAAACGGAACGGGAGGUUAACGAACUGCGAAAUUGAAUAAAAUCGAAUAACGAAUUCCCGAUCGAUUCUAUACGUAUAAAUAACUAACGAUAGUUCUACCAUAGUAUAACACGUAGAUUUGUAUUUUAUAUGAAUAAAAUGACAGCCGCCAUUGUUCGACCCACGUAUUAUACU